AUGACGAUCACUGUGGUUAUGGGGUCGCAGUUUGGCGACGAAGGCAAGGGGAAAUUGACCGAUAUCCUCGCGCCCAAGGCCCAGCUGUGCGCCCGCGCUGCCGGUGGACACAACGCCGGUCAUCAAAUUGUGCCGAGUUUCUUUAAGGAGCUGCAGGAAUUGGAGGACAAAGGAUUGAAGAAUGUCAGGGACAAGAUUCUCGUCUCUGACCGCUGCAACAUUGUGCUGGACCUGCACGUGGCUGUCGACGGACUUGAGGAGGUCGAGCUCGGAGCGCGCCAGAUUGGAACGACCAGGCGCGGCAUUGGCCCUACCUAUGCAUGCAAGCAUGCGCGGAACGGAAUCCGCCUUGCGGAGAUCUUCGACCCCGAGCUCUUUGAGAGGAAGCUACGUCAGCUCGAACAAGGUUAUCGCAAGCGGUUCGGAGAUCUUUUGAAGUACGAUGUGGAGGAUGAGCUCAAGAGAUUCGAAACGUAUCGGGCCGAGCUGGCCAAGUACACUGUCGACUCGACUGCCUUGAUGUAUCAGGCUCAGAAAGAUAACAAAGCUAUCCUUGUUGAGGGAGCGAACUUUGUUACAUCAAGCUCGACAACCAUCGCAGGUAUCAUCAAUGGCCUGUCUCUAAACCCAAGGGGUCUGACGGAGGUGAUCGGUGUGGUGAAGGCUUACACCACUCGAGUUGGAGCGGGUGCCUUCAAGACUGAAGAUACCGGAGAGGCACAUCAACCGGCCGUAGAAGACGAUGCGGAUGGUGAGUUGUUUGAAAUUGGACAAUCCUGGAUCCUGCUAAUGAUGGGAAGGCUUGAUCUGGUCAUCGUUCGCUACUCCAACUCAGUGAACUACUAUGACUCCAUCAACCUAACAAAGCUGGACGUUCUCGACACUAUGGAGACCAUUAAAGUGGCUGUCGCAUACAAAUUGGACGGGGAAGAGCUUCCAUCAUACCCCGCUGACCUAGAUGCUCUCGAGCGAGCUGAGGUUGUGUACAAGGAGUUCCCCGGCUGGCAGAAGUCUACGACCAACUGCAAGACGUGGUACGAUCUUCCGCCCAAGGCGAGAGACUACGUGGAGUUUAUCGAGGCGUUUGUCGGAGUCAAGAUCAAGUGGAUUGGCACUGGUCCCGAUCGCGAGGCCAUGAUUACGCGGGCUUGA